AUGACCAGAGGAAGUGUCCCUCUGACUGAUGUGAGGGAGAGAGCCGUGCGAGAUGUGGAGGGAGCAUUCCAGGCAGAGGUGCCUGCAAAAGUGAGGGCUCUGCAGGGACAGCAGCUGGGCAUGCUGGAGGAGCAGCAAGGGGGCCGCUUAGGUACGUUAGUCACUGCCAAGAGUCUAUUGGUGUUCAUGUGCCUCAUUAAGUUUGGAAAGCUCUGCUUCCCCUCUGCUCUUUGGAACCUGGCCUUUGGUUGGCCUUUCAUGAAGAGUGGGACCCUCAAAGUGCCACUGUCAGCACUCUCCAGGAGGGAGGUUGGAAACAGGACUGAUGCCAGCCAGCUGCCUCACAGGGAGGUGGAAGCACGUGGCCAUGCCAUUAGCGUCCUGUUUGGCUUCUGGACAAGUUUCAUCUGUGACACCUACAUUGUCCUCGCUUGGAACAGCAGAAUAAAAAGCAGCCCUAGUGCUAGCACCUCUUCUGGUGAGCCACACACCAGAAUACAGCAGAACAGAAGGCAAGGCCAUGCUAAAGAGGACCAACCAAAGUCAG